UCAACCCUUGAAAUUAUAUGUUGAUAUUUCCAGUAGUAGCUACUUAACAAAUAUAACGUAUAGCUUCAAUAAAACUAACCAAAACCAAACACACUCAUAGUUUUAAAAGGCACAAAUUUAGAAAUGAUAUCCAUUUCUACCUAAAUACAUUUGCUUCAAAAUAAUUUUAAAAAUGAUGAAAAAAUAUCAAGUUUUUACUACAUUUAAAUUUGUUGGAACAAAGGGUACUAAUGGAAACUCCAUAAAAUCAAAUUUACCCUAGACCUGCAAAGGGGUUUCUACUUCUUUUCAUCGGCAGAGGAGGGAGAGUUGCCGGAAAAGGAAUCAGCUAAGCUGCCCACAAUGAAUCAACGAAGUGCCAAAGGAAAAGCACCUGUGAUCGGUAAAAAAACAGCUAAAUUCUUCAAUUUAUGCAUUACUUUCGACUUGGGAGUAGCCCAUUUACUUAGUGUUUAUAAUUAUAUAGUCAUUUCUUUAGCUUUUGCACUACUCUAUCUAUUUCCAAUGUUGUACCAUAACAGAGAAACCAGCAAAGAAAUAUAAGGAGAAUUUUUGGAGAAGCAUUACAAGAAAAUGGAAAAACAAAAUUGGUCAAGGAGGCUUUGCAGAAGUGUAUGCAGCUCAUGGAAAACAUAAGGGAAAGGUAGUGAAGAAGUAUUCAUCAACUAACCAGGCACAGGCACAGUACAACGUAAAUCAAAUUUUAUCCCCACUCAAAGCUAUAAAUUCCUUAGCACAAUUGGUGAAGCUAACAUGCAAAUACUUGUUUCUAAAAAGAAAUUAUAUGGCAGGCCGAGAAGAAGUACUUGGAACUAUUCUGCCAUCAAAACAUCAUCAAGCUGAAGGGGUAUGGUGAUGAAAAGCUGUGUCUACUAUUGCCCCAAUACUCGGACAACCUGUCAAAUCACAUGAACGGUAAUCAUGUAGGGUGUACAAUGUCUCAUUUUAAAGGUUCACAUGCAUGAUUGUUACAAAGCACACAUGCCAUUUUACGUUCUACAAUUUAUUUUUUUGAAACCAAUCAUAGAUCUCUAUUAAUCAAUCACUAACUAAUUUCAAAUUACAGAUUUGGAAUUGGAUGACUCUAUAAGAAUAUUGAGAGAAAUAUCUCUAGCUCUUCAUCACAUCCACCAACAAAUUCUUGUUAAGGAGAAAUCUGAAAAGCCUUUAAAACAUAAAACAAAAACAGGAAAGAGGAUUAGUGAAGAAGCUUGUUCUGAGGCUGGUCUGGUUUAUGUUGAUCUCAAACCAGAAAAUGUAUUGUUGGAUGAGGUGAGAAUAUAAAACUAACACUACCACGUAUGCUUGUUCUCAUUUUGUUUUAACCAUUUUGCUGACCAUGUGCUAUGUUUCAGAAAAUGAAUGUCAUACUCUCUGACAUGGGCUCAAUUGUCAAGCACGGCAGCAGAAUUGAGACUGCCUAUACUCCUGACUAUGUUGCUCCA